GACGUUCUGUGUCUGACAGCGUUCUACCGGCAAGCUCAGGAGGACGGUCGACGGCACGUGAGCAAUCUGUCGAAACUCGAAAGUUCUUUAUCAGUUUAUUUUAUAUAGACAAUUAAUUUCAUCCUUCCUACAAUAAUGGAGAAAGACAAGUUGGAAGAAUGCAUUCUCCAGAUGCAUGAAAUAGGUGUGUUAAAGUUUGGAGAUUUUACGCUCAAAAGUGGCAUGCAGUCGCCUGUUUAUUUUGAUAUGAGGAUUGUUACCUCGUAUCCCAAACUCUUGAAAGUGGUGUCAGAACUGCUAUGGUGUGUUGCUCCACGGAAGGCUUAUGACCACAUCUGUGGUGUGGCAUACACUGGCAUCCCCCUUGCCACUGUAAUCUCACAGCUGCAGGAUAUGCCAAUGCUGGUCCGGCGCAAGGAGAGCAAAAACUACGGAACAAAGCAGCUGGUGGAGGGCGUGUACCGUGCAGGACAGUCGUGCCUGAUCGUGGAGGAUGUGCUCGUGUCAGGCACUUCUGUAUACGAGACUGUCGAGACUUUACGCAACCUGCAGCUGAACGCAAGCGACGCUGUGGUUUUUCUAGACAGACAACAGGGCGGUGCUUGCAAUCUUCAUACCCUUGGUGUCAAUAUCACGCCCGUGGUUACCCUUGACCAGAUGCUGGAGGUGCUGAAACGACACGGCCGAAUCCAGGAUACCAUGAUUGCUGAAGUGCAGCAGUUUAUCAGAAAAAAUAAUGUAACAAAAAUAAGAACAAAAUGCGAGGAGGCUGUUUCAGUCCCGGCCAAUGAACGACUGAUUAAAACUUUCGAACUCCGAGCGGAUGCUGCUGUUCAUCCAUUGGUGCGCUCACUGCUGGGCAUCGUGACGAGCAAGCGCAGCAACUUGUGCGUCUCAGCUGACGUCAGCAGCUGCACUGAACUCCUGACGCUUGCUCAGCAGGUGGGGCCGCACAUAUGUCUUUUGAAGACACACGUAGACACACUGCCUGACUUUUCUGAUUCAGUUGCACAGCAGCUCCGCAGUGUGGCUCAGCAACACAACUUCCUGCUCUUCGAAGACAGUAAGUUUGUGGACAUCGGAGCGACGGUGGCUCGGCAGUGGGAGCGGCGCGGUGCGUGGGCCGACAUAGUUACGGUGGUGCCUAUUGCAGGAGAUGGCCUCCUCACUGCCAUCGCUCAGGCUGCACUCGAUAACUCCAAGAAAGGUGUGAUACUGGUGGCGGAGAUGAGUUCGGACGGAGCCCUGCGCAGCGCAGAGUAUCAGGAGAUGUGCCGUGCUGCAGCCAAGCGCUUCCCUCACCUCGUUAUGGGCUUCGUGAGCCAGUCCAGCAUCUCACAAUCACCAUGGCUGCUGCAGCUGAGCCCCGGCGUGAGCGUGAGUGCGUCAGGGGACGCGCUAGGCCAGCGCUACGUGAGCCCCGAAUGUUCUGUUGGGGAGCGUGGCGCUGACGUCAUCAUCGUGGGUCGCGGAGUGACCACUUCUUCUGACCCUGCCGCUGCUGCUGCCAACUAUCAGCAGCUAGCGUACUCGGCUUAUCUUGAGCGUGUGAAGCGCUUGUAAACUGUUGCUAGUUCUUAAGUGGCUUCAUUUUGUUUACAUGUUGUUUCCAAUAGUGAUCAUU